AUGGGUGACAACGAUGCGGAAAAGAACAAAAAAAAGAGGAAAUUCAAAAAAAUCACGGAAAAGCUCACAUCAAUCGAGAAUCGAUAUCGAAAAUUCCGAAAUCUGAUGAUGACGUGA